AUGGACAAACGCAUAGAAGCAGUUGAUUAUAUAUCAGAAUUGCCAGAACAUAUAUUGCAUCAUAUCUUGUCCUUUCUCCCUAUCAAACAAAUCACUCGAACCAGUGCAUUAUCAAAGACAUUGUUUCAAGUAUGGAAGACCUCUCCGAUUUUAGAAUUCAAUUUUUACGCAUUAUUUAACGGAAAUCAAGAUCGUUACUAUUGUCAAGACUUUGAGAUCAGGGAAAGGAACAUACAACAGUUAUAUAACUUUGUUGAGCAAAUUUUGUUAAGCCGAUGCAAGCAGAUGGAUAAUUUGAUAAAGUUUACACUUGUUGUGACUUUUAUUUAUGAGAGACCAGAAAUGGUUUCCACUAUGGACAGAUGGAUUGGCUACGCUCUGAAGAGUAAUGCUAAACACCUGAAGAUUCAAGUUGGUCCAAGUAAUGAUGAUGAAAACUAUAAGUACUGCGUGCCUCAAACAGUUCUCAAUGCAAUGUCAAUACAGGUUUUAGAUUUGAGCCACUGCAAGUUGCAUCUGCCAUCUAUCGGUAACAUAAAAUUACCUUUCUUGAAAAAGUUGUCUCUUACAGUUGUUUUUGCAGAUGAUGAUGUAAUUAGCAAACUUAUUGUUGGGUCUCCUCUAAUUGAAGAUAUGAGUUUCAUUACCUGCUAUGGUAUCAAGUCUUUACAGAUAUUUGAUCUAGUUAAUCUCAUCCAAUUCUGUGCAAAAGAUAUUGUUCAUUUUGAGCGACUUAAGAUGGAAACACCAAAUCUUCACUCAUUCACUUUGCAAGGUCCCACUUGGCCUUCUGUAUUAAAGGUGACUUCCUUGAAAAAUUUGAAGAGCCUACAUAUAUUUAGUGCUCCCAUAACUGAUAAAUGGUUGUAUGAGCAACUGAAUAAAUUUCCUCACUUGGAAUGCUUGAGCUUGGCUGACUGCCCUAUGUUGGAGAGUAUCAAGAUUUCUAGUUCUAGUCUUCACAAAUUGCGCAUAGAUUCUUGUGGAAAUGUGGCUAAACUUCAUAUUGAUAUACGUAAUCUAUAUGUCUUCUCAUAUUAUGGUGAUAUAAUUUCAUUUUCUUCAAACAAUUUGACCUUACCCAAUGUUAAUUUGUAUAUCAAAUCCAAUAAUAUGGACAAUUCCUGGUACACUAGAUUGAUUAAAUUACUUGACGAGUUCAAUCAAUGUUUCAAGAUGGUGACUUUGGAAAGUGAUACGGGUGAGAAUUAUAUUAUUCCUUGCGAAGUGAGAAAACUCACACCACCCCCAUUGCAUAACGUGAAAGAAUUGAAACUUUCAAUGACUACUAAUCGCCAUCGUCCAAUUGCGGAACUUGUGGAUGCUAUGCUUUGGAUUUCUCCACAUCUAGAAAGUCUAGACAUAAUUAAUUUCAACGUACAAUCUUCUUUUAAGUUCUCAUAUCAGAAGCAAAUUUAUGAAGAAGAGUGUAUUUGUUACAAGUCUACUCCUAUAUCCUGCUGGAAAAAUUGCAUAAAGCAAGUAAAAAUAAAACAAAAUUUUCCUGCUGUCCCAAGGCGUGAAGAUGAAUGCUUCAUGCAAGUUCGUGAACGUGAAGAAAGGAAUUUUGCUUUUAGCCAAGACAUCUGGGAAAAUAUUAGUGAUUCCUGUUAA